GCUAACCCAGCCUUGUUUACGAUGGAUUUUUGUAUUCCCCGCACUCGGGUUUACUGACUUUAUUUUCUUACUGUCAAAUAAUACAAAGAAACAUAAAAGAAACUGACACUAAAUUAAGUUUUUCAACGGGACUGAAACCGGAUGGAGCUGUGCCAUUGACUUCAAUCGUCAAACACUGUUAAAGACACGUUGGUUUGCAGACCUCACCUCAUCACUGUGAAAUGUAGAGAUUGUAUGAAGACUCGGGGCGUGAAAGUCCCACGUUCCACUUCCGUGUGUCACACCAUCACCCGUCCCCCGGCAAUCAGCAGGGGCUGUUGGGGCGGAGCACCUCUGCCAACACAAGCAGCCCCGUAAAGAAAGAUGGAGCUCGGAGUGAGACAGCGGUAAGAACAUGAGCUGUCACCCCGCGACCUCUUCUCCCGUCGCCGGUUCUUCUCUGUAGCUGACACCGUCUCCUUGCAGCGAGCUCCCGCGGGCCGACAGCGCCUCUAUGGCGGCUCUGUCCCAUCUCGUGCUCCGGUUCUCGUACUCCGCCGGUCGCUCGUACGGCGUCUUCUCCAAAGGCUUGACGAGGACUUUGUUGAUAUUCUUUGAUCUCGCAUGGCGGCUGCGGAUCAGAUUCCCGUACAUCUACCUCGUCGCCUCCAUGAUGUUUAAUGUCAGAUUACAGGUGCACAUUGAAAUCCACUGAUCAGUCUCCAGUGCCUGCUUCUGGACUCUGAAUUGUGAGCACUGCCAUGUUUCAGUCCUCACCAGGCGACUGGCGGACGCUGCGGCCGCUUGCUGAGAGGAAGUGUAAUUCUGCAGACUGCUGGGGCGACGCAAUAAUGUGACAGCGCCUGUUGCCGUGGUCAGCCCGCGUCACGCGAGCCCAGUGCCUUUUUGCGGUGGGAGGGG